AUGGCUGAGCUGUUCUCCAAAUGGCAUAUGAAUUCUAGUGCUCAUUACGUGUCAAUUAUACUUUGCUCACGUUUUUAUCUUCUCGGCGAUGUUGACAAAGACGUGGCAGAGCAACUCGGUCCUAGCGCACGUGACCACCGUGGACGAUAUUUUCAGGACUUCUAUCGUUUAUUAGUACAAAAUGAGCAUUAUGAAGAUUGGAGUCAUGUUUUAUCUACAAUUAAACUAUCUUUUAACAACUAUCAGGACACCAUUCAGGAUGUUUUAGCUGCAAAUUAUCCGAAUUUGAAGUAAGU